AGAUCCGUUUUUGCAGUGUGUGGACCGGGGUGUGAAUCGGCGCGGUGCGCGGCCUCUUUGCUCUCAGAGCUCAGACGUCGUCGCCUUGGAGCGCUCAACCUGAUUAACCGGCAGCGCUAAUCAGAGGGAGCUUAUUUUGAAAGGGCCUGCCGGAUGUUGUGGUUUGCCGUCGCCGUUCUGACGCCGGCGGAGGCAGAGCUGCAGUGCGGACAAACAGGCUGGCAGCGGACAUCCUUACAGCCGCGCGCCGCCCCGACAGCCCGCACGGCUCUGCCUCAGCCGGGGGUCUCCGGUUCGGCCUUUUCUUGCGGAUCGUCUUUCGGAUCCGGUCCAACGGGAGGAAGGAACCGCUCCGCAUCCUCCUCCACCCUCUCCUCCUCAUCCUCCUCCUCCUCCUCCUCCCCCCGCCCUCCUCUUCCUCCUCAGCAUCACCAUCAGCUGCAGCAUCAGAUGCGUCCGGGACGGCGGCGGGGUUCCGAGAACAGCACCUUGGGUUGGUUUCUGGACUCUGCUCGUGCCGGACUUGCGGCGGGACGUCUGGGUUUCGGACGGACCCGGUGCGGGUGGAUACGGCCUGUGUCUGAGGAGGAAUAAAUGGUGAUUUAGUCCUGUGGGAGUCUGAGGCCCAGACCUCGACCCCUUCUCGGUGGAACGGUGGGUUUUCUGGACCAGAACGGUUUGUGCCGAAGUAAAAUCCCAGAUGAAGAUUCCCAAAAGGCGGAAAAGGAGCGGACGGUGUGCCAGAUAAAUGGCUCUUUUAAGCUUGGAGCUGCUCGAGUUCUGGCUAGUUGGCAGAUGCAGUGCCUAGUCCCCGGCCUCCAGGACAACGGCAACAUGAACGGGACAUCCGAGCAGGCCGACAUCCUGCCGCCAAACUGUAUGGUCAAGGACCGAUGGAAAGUGCUGAAGAAGAUUGGCGGGGGUGGGUUUGGGGAGAUCUACGAGGCCUUGGACCUGCUGACACGGGAGAAUGUGGCUUUGAAGGUGGAGUCAGCCCAGCAGCCCAAGCAGGUGUUGAAGAUGGAGGUGGCAGUUCUUAAGAAGCUGCAAGGUAAAAAUCACGUCUGUAAGUUUAUCGGUUGUGGAAGAAAUGACAAAUUUAACUACGUGGUGAUGCAGCUUCAGGGUCGUAACCUGGCCGACUUGCGGAGGAGUCAGCCCAGAGGAACCUUCACCAUGAGCACCACUCUGCGACUCGGCAAGCAGAUCCUGGAGUCCAUCGAAGCCAUCCACUCAGUGGGAUUCCUGCACCGCGACAUCAAACCGUCGAACUUUGCGAUGGGCCGGCUCCCCUCCACUUACAGAAAGUGCUACAUGCUGGACUUCGGUCUGGCUCGUCAAUACACCAACACCUCUGGAGAAGUUCGACCGCCGAGGACUGUGGCAGGUUUCAGAGGAACGGUCCGCUAUGCUUCAGUUAACGCCCAUAAGAACAAGGAAAUGGGUCGCCAUGAUGACCUGUGGUCCUUGUUUUACAUGCUGGUGGAGUUCGCUGUUGGACAGCUACCGUGGCGGAAAAUCAAAGACAAGGAACAAGUGGGCCAGAUUAAGGAGCGUUAUGACCACCGGAUGCUGCUCAAACACAUGCCUUCAGAAUUCAAUAUUUUCCUGGACCACGUCCAGGCCUUGGAUUACUAUACCAGACCAGACUACCAGCUGUUGAUGUCAGUAUUUGAGAACAGCAUGAAGGAACGAAUCAUAACGGAGAACGAGCCCUUCGAUUGGGAAAAGGGAGGAAGUGAUGCCACGCUGUCGACCAGUGCCUCCACCCAACCACAGCACAACACCCGACCCACUGCUGCCAUAGUAGGAGCCAUUGUGACGCCGGUUCCUGGAGAUCCUCAGCGGGAGAACACCGAGGACGGUCUGCGGGACGAACACUUCAGCGAUCAGGAGAACGCUCCUCCUCCGCCGCCGCCGCCGAGCCGGCCUCCUGCAGAGGUGGCCACGCAGCAGAAUGCUGCCGAGCUGGUGGAGACCUGGGAGGACACAGACUUUAACCGCAACAGACUCAGGAUCAGCCUUAACAAGGGGGCUGAGGAAGAUGAGGCGGGUCGGGGAGCCUGUCCAGUGUCGCCAGUUCGAGGGGGAGGCCCGGAGUCACCGACGGGUCAGGGUCGAUCUUUACGGUACCGUCGGGUCAACAGCCCAGAAUCUGACCGCCUGUCUGCUGCUGAAGGCCGAGUGGAUGGCUACGGACAGAGGUCUAGGAUGGACAUGCUGGGCUCUCCUUCCCACCACGUUUACUCCUCUCAGCCAGCGCAGAUGCUCUCUGUUGACCCCGGUUGCCGCGGAGAUCGCCAGGCCAGUGGGCGCCAAGAGGUGUCGGCGGCUUCUGUUGACCAGGAGGCGCACAGCAACGCUUUUAUACGGUCCGUCCCGCUGGCCGAGGAGGAGGACUUUGACAGCAAAGAGUGGGUGAUCAUCGACAAAGAGGCGGAGCUGCGGGACUUCCAUCCCACCACGUCAGGGACUACCGAUGAGGAGCCCGAGGAGCUCCGCCCCCUGGAGGAGCAGGAGGAGAGGAGAAGGCUCAGGGCUGCAGGAGGGGAGCUGGUGGUUCGUCCCAAAACUCACACCCGCGACAGCAGCCGCGGGAUGCUAACGCUAACGGAAGAGGAGGCGUCAAGAAGAAGCGGCGGGAGUCCCGCACAGUCACCGUGCCACUCGCUGCCGUCGGGACGCCCUCGCAGGAGAGAGUCGGAGCCUACUGGACCUCAGAGACCGUUGGAGGAGGACAGACACCAACCACGGCCCAAUCAACUGAGGAGGCUGGCCUCCUACGUCUUCUCCUCCUCCACCCUGGAGACAGAGCAGUACCCCCAUGCAGGAGGCAGCUUCAUCCAGAGGAGCCGCUCGGCUGAGAGCAGCCCCGCGCAUGCCACCUCUGCCACCGCCUCGGCCCGGCGCCGGCACGCCGGCACUCUGCCGAUGCCCGGCAGUCCCCGGAGCAGGCACUCUGUCCUGAACGUGUCGAGGUCACAGCUGCAACACAUGUUAGCCAAGCUCAUGAACAAGAACAGCAGCUGAGAGGACAGAGAGAUGGACUCAUCACACACACACAUAUACACACACAUAUACAUACAUAACACACGCCGGCACAGAUGUGUACAGCCAUAGAUGCAGAGAUUGACGUAGCACAUAAACACAGGAAUGCAGGAGUGGUCAGAGAAGGUUUUUUGCCUAGGGCAGAAUUUAGCCACCUCCCGCCCCCCUUGCCCCAACUUAGGUGCUUCAUCACUUAAAAGGGCCUCUCAUGAAAUUACAGUUUCAAGAAAAGCACAGAAAGAAAAAGGAAAUUAGACUACAAAACAAUAGAUA